AACCCUGUUUUUUGUUUGGUACAGGGGAGUGCUUUAAAUAUGUGGAUGGCAUUGACCGUGUUAUCUCCUCUCUUUCAGUAGGAAAAGUGGAAAUUCCAAUGAACGAACUUGUUUUUCUGAUUUCUUAACUGUCAUUUAACCAGCUCUCGAUGGAACUCUCCCUCUUCCCUUACCACCAAAACAGCUUAACUCUCGUCCACGAGCCUCUUUUCUCAGUUCCCCUUUCAGGGAAGAGACUACCAAGGAGAAAUUCAUUUCUGUUGCCAUGUCACUGCACAUUGUCAUCUUCUGAUGAUACUUCAAAACCAGCAAAAUUUUCUUGGCAGCAUGAGGGAAGAAGGGCACUGGUUGGUUCUCUCCUCACAGCUGCUGCUGCAAUGUAUGCCUGUGAUGUGGCUGAGGCAGUUAGCACAAGUCGAAGAGCUCUUAGAGGAGAUAAAAUACCUGAAAAUGAAUUCACAACUCUUCCCAAUGGGCUGAAGUACUAUGAUUUGAAGGUCGGCAGUGGACUUAAGGCUGUUAAGGGAUCUCGGGUUGCAGUUCACUAUGUCGCCAAAUGGAGAGGCGUCACGUUUAUGACUAGCAGACAAGGACUUGGUGUUGGAGGGGGGACGCCUUAUGGAUUUGAUAUUGGCCAAUCCGAAAUGGGAAAUGUGCUUAAGGGGUUGGAUCUUGGUGUUGAAGGAAUGCGUGUAGGAGGCCAGCGGCUGCUGAUCGUUCCUCCUGAGCUAGCAUAUGGAAAAAAAGGAGUCCAGGAAAUUCCUCCAAAUGCAACAAUUGAGUUGGAUGUUGAGCUGCUAGCAAUCAAACAAAGCCCAUUUGGGACUCCUGUAAAAGUUAUUGAAGGUUAGAGCGCGCAAUCCUGCUGGAUUCACUAUGGAUGAAUUAAGGCACAGAAGAUGACAGUUUGGGGAAAGUAGAAGACCUGCCUCUUUCCCAUUCUUUAUUAUUGCCUGUUUACGUGCCGAAAUUCAAACGACCCUUCUCUGUGACCCCAACUCUGCUUUAUGUCAUUUCCCUUUUAGAACUUCAAGAAACAUGCUAAGAAAGUUGUAUUUUGAUCAGUUCCAUCUCUUUUCCCUUGUGGUUGUCGUUCAUAUAGCUGCCGCAUUUAUUGGUUAUUUCUUCAUCUUAAAAUUUGUUUUUGUUUUCUUCAACAAGCUAAUUAUGUUGUCCUUUUGAAUGGAUGGUUUGGUCAUUCCUCCAGCAUAAUAUUCCCCUGCACUCAUAAUUACUUUGAGUGCUUCUAAAAGAAAAUGUUG